AUGUCUAGCAGCCAAGAGCAAGCAUCGGAAAUCGAGCAGCAACUGAGCCAAGCCAAGAAGAACAAUAUCAUUCGUUUUCGAAAUGAACUCUUAUUGAAAGAAAUACAGAAAGUUGAGCAAGGAUCAUUAUCACGUAACUUGGAUGAAGCCAUCAAAUUAAAAUAUAACCAAGUUUCCGAAUAUAUCACCGCAUCAUCACUCAGUCUAACCACGAUUCAUCAGACCAUGAUUCAUAUGAACGAAAUGAAAUCCGAACUACGGGACAAGCAAGCAAAUCUUGGUAAAAGAGUGGCCGGCUAUGUAAAGACGGUACUGGAGAUGCUUGAUGUGACAUGGACAGUGAUAGAGCAGUUUAAAUAUAAGGCACAGAGGGACAAGAAUAUUGCAUUGGAUGAUCACUAUGCCGCUCUUGUGGACACCAUGCUGCUAAAAACCAAAAUCCUUCAAUUAACCAUCCUUAUCGGCACUUACGAUGACCCGGAUUUCGUUAUAGCGUUAGAAACACUAAGGUAUUUUGAUUUACAACAAAUUCUUUAUUUCACUUGUAUAAGAUAA